CGCGAACCUGAGCACUUUUAAACGAAUGGUUGUUUACGUUUCCCGAUACAUGGGCCCCCAAAUCGUGUGAAAUGUCGCCGUUUUUAAGGGACUAAAAUCGAUAAUAUUGAUUAUUUUAUCGAUUGCUAGUCGAAAGGUGACGGUUUCGGGACGUUAGGGCAAAGGAGUUCGGAGUAACAGGUGUUUGAAAGUGCAUGUGAAAAUUCAUCAAAUGGACUUGGACAACCAUCAGCCAUGCGACGGACUAGACUUUAUCGUAGAACAUCCGGAGUACGUGGCAAAACUAGCUACAGCCCUAAACGCCAUCGGCCCUACAGCCAUCAGAGUGAGGAAGCAAAUGUUCGAAUUGCUUGCCGCUUUGUGUGCGCACAACGAGGAUGGCAGGAUCAGGACACUGGAAACUUUAGAUUAUUACAAGAAACUCAAGAAGCAAAAAUACAGGAUGGCCUUUAUAGUUCAAGAAUUGGAACAAGCGCGCACUACAGAUUACCAAACAGCUCUAGUAGCUUUUAUCAAUUGCCUCAUCAUAUCAACGUCGAAUUUAAUCGACAGAAUAAGGAUCAGGAAUGAGUUUUUUGAAUGCCAGCUACUCCAAGUUCUAAAUAAAAUUAGAAACUCCAAACCAGAACCAGACUUGUCGGCUCAAAUAGAUGUGUUCGAUGAACAACACAAAAGCGACCAAUCUGAACAUCAAAUUGAGUUUAAAAGCGUGGAUUUAGAUUCACCUUUGGAUAUUUUUUAUGCUAUACUUAAAAAGGUCGCUGAUACGUCACACGCAGCCCCCUUUCUCAGCAUUCUCCAAAGUCUACUAAGCAUCGACCCAGAUGAUCCUCUCAGUGACAUUAUAUGGGAAAACUUAGAAAAACUAGUCCAAAAAGCAAUAGUUUUAGAUAAACACGAAGAUAUACCAAAGUUAGCCCGAUUAAACUCUAGAACCAAGUUAAACUGUACCUGUCAGCAAAGCAACAGUAAUAGAAGACAAUCUGGGGUGGCAUUGAAUACUCCUUAUGGCCCAUUGUCACCACCACCACCAAAUUCAUCAUCAGCACCUCCUCCACCUCCAUUUCCACAAGCCAUACCACCUCCACCGCCACCAAUAGCGCCUCCACACAUACCGCCACCUCCUCCGCCAAAUCAAGCCAUGAGAAAAAAUUUACCGCCAGACAAGGAACCCAUAAUUGAACUUUUGCCUCAGCAAGAAAUCCCAGCACCGAAGUCCAAAAUGAAAACGGUGAAUUGGAAUAAGAUUCCCAGCAACAAGGUUGUCGGUACCAAUAAUAUUUGGACCCAAGUAGCUCACAGACACCAAAAUUCUCCAUUGGCAGACAUUGACUGGUCAGAAAUGGAAGGACUGUUUUGUCAGCAAGGGCCAGCUGCGAUCGAUAAUGCUGACAAUGCUGGAAAUAAUGAAGAGAGAUGUUUGAGAAAAACCAGAAAUCAAACACAAGAGAUAACCCUUCUAGAUGGCAAACGAAGCCUAAACGUCAAUAUUUUUCUAAAACAAUUUCGAAGUUCCAACGAAGACAUAAUCCGUCUCAUACGAAAUGGCGAACACGACAAAAUCGGUAUUGAAAAGCUGAAAGGUCUGCUGAAAAUUUUACCCGAAGUCGACGAGCUCGACAUGCUGAAAUCUUUCAAAGGUGACGUGCUGAAACUGGGAAACGCUGAAAAUUUUUUAAUGCAGUUAACGAGUUUGUCUAAUUAUAAGUUGAGAAUCGAAAGUAUGCUCCUCAAAGAGGAAUUUGAAUCGAACAUGAGCUACGUGAAGCCCAGCAUUAAUUCGAUGGUAAUAGCUGCCCAAGAAUUGAUGACCAAUAAAGCGUUGCAAGAGGUUUUGUAUAUGGUGUUGAUUGCUGGAAAUUUUUUGAAUGCGGGUGGUUACGCUGCAAAUGCUGCGGGUGUAAAACUGACUUCGUUGCAAAAAAUAAUGGAUAUUCGAGCCAACAAGCCAAAUAUGAAUCUAAUUCAUUUUGUAGCCCAGCAAGCAGAAAAAAGAGGCAACGUGUUGCUAUCUUUUACAGACAAUAUUGGCAUAUUGGAAGAUGCAGCAAAGACUACAGUGGAACAACUCAAAAACGAAAUCUCAACUUUAGAAGAGCGUAUAAGAAAAAUCAAAAAACAAAUCGAACUUCCAGUAACUGAGCCCGAAAUCAAAGAACAAAUGACAGAGUUUCUAUUGAUGGCGACAAACGAUGUCUCCAAUCUUCAAAAAGAGCUCAAAAAAUUAGACACAGUAAGAAAACAAUUAGCUGAGUUCUUUUGCGAGGAUCUCAGCUCGUUUAAAAUCGAAGAAUGCUUUAGGAUUUUCCAUACGUUUACAUGCAAAUUUAAACAGGCUGUCAUAGAGAACGAAAGAAGAAAGUACCAGGAAGAACAGGCGAAUGCUAGAAAAAGACAAAGAGAGGAAUUGUUGGCAGCUAAAAGAAGACAAAUGGAAAACAUCAAUGGUUCCGAUGACGGUUUCAUCGAAAUGCAAAUUUACGGAUCUGGAAUUGGAAAUUCCAGGAAAAGUUUCAACGGUGAAGAUGAAUUUUUCGCCACAUCUCCAUUACUACCCAGACACCGAUUGAGUUCGUUCAAUGGCAACGGUAUGGAUAAUGAAAAGGACUCGCCAGAUUCAUCACCAAACGGUAGUUUACGUAGAAGAAGAACCAGCAAAGGAAUGAUAGACGAUCAAGGCAAUUUAAUGGACUUUUUACGAAAUUCUAGCGAUUGCAGUAACAGAGAGCGUAGAUCUUGGGGCAGUUUGGAUCGAUCUUGGGCUAGAAAAGCCAAAGGAACUGGCCCCAAAAAACGACCGAAUUUACUUACAGCCGAUUUUUUGCUUGAAAGGGACAGAACCACAACACCAUCACCGGUGAUUGAAGUUAAAGGCUCUUGCUCGGCUCCCGAAGAAGAAUCUUUACCAAAAAUCGAAUCUCGCUUGAAACACAGUGAAUCAAAUCUGGAAACAAAACCAAAAGACAAAUCUGCCUGGCGCAAGUCUACAUUGAAUGUACCUAAUAGUACUGAAGAAAUACGUAAUAGUCAUCGCAGAGAAAGCCAUAACAAUAUGGAAAACAGUAGAGUUGAUAUUUUGCAACCCAUAAUGGAAAGUAACGAUAGGAAAGAGCUCAUUGGUUCGUUAGGCAAAAACAUGGAUAAGGAUAGUUUGACGUUAUAUAUUAGGAGGCCAACGUUGGAAACAGAGCCCAAAAUUGAAGUACCAACAAUAAAAUCGCCAGUGAUAGUUCCAGUUUCUCCUGAACCUCCAAUCAUCUACAAACCAUUCAAAGACUCAACUCUGACCAACAACAAAAUCGACAUCGACCAGGACAACGUGCAAACUCCACCAAUGCUCAGGAAAACUUUCAUUUCACCCACGCCUACAGAAAGACGUGAAGUUCCGAAGCCGAGCCCUUGCAAACGAAUUUUGAAUGCCGCCGCUGCGGAAAGUCGAGAAUUCGAUUUGGAUAUUAUGGGCGAUGGACAGUUUAAUAGGUUUUCGCCUACAAGACGUACAAGACGACAAGUACGAACUCAACAAAAAAGCCCACCAAAAUUGCUCAAAGAAAAAAGCCCCGAGGAUGAUAAAGCUCUUCUCAGCACCAGCCAGAAUAGUAUUUUAGGAGAUUUCGUGUCUCCGGUUUAUAUAAAGGUGGAUAAAGAUGAAGAAGACCCCAAAGUUGAAUAUACCCCAUCAACAACCAAAUCUAGUCGAUACUCUAUAAGCGAUUUACCUGUGAAAGUUGACAAAACAUUUUCCAUAAACAGUCUCGAUCCAUCACCAGCAAAAACCAAAUCCAAUAAUUCCACAAUUAAAAAUCCAAUCUUGAGAACAAACUCGAUUGUUGACAAAAACGCUAAAAAUGCUAAAAACUUAGCUCCAAUAAUUAAACCAACCUUGAGACGUAAUGUUUCAAUUACCAAUCCGAAAACCAAAAUGUCCAAUAGCUCAGAAAAUUUUAUCGAAGCCAAAAGUAACAACGUGAAACGUAGUGCUUCGAUUUCGACAGCGCCAGUAUCCAGAAGGUCUCAGCCGAUGGGAUUUAUGAAACCAACAACUUCCAGUACCACCAAAUCUAGUGCACCAACUACAAGAAGGAGUUUUUCGAUAAGAGGCAGGAAUUAAAGCGUUCUGCUGAAGAUUACUGUAUGGGUGUUUGGGAAAUGAUCACCGGGAUGCUACUGCAAAUAAAUUUUUAUUUUAGGAAUCUUGAUUUUUACUUACCAAGGUAUUGAGCCAGUUGUUUUGUUCAAGUCAUAAUGACACAGCUAAAGAUGCAGUUGAUUUGUAAAUUUUCCAGAAAUCAAAAAAUUAGGUUCAAAGUGCAAUAUUUAUACAACGAUCAAUGGCACAAGAUAAAUUAUUAAUUUUUUUAGAUGCAUGUUCUCGACGAAUUAAUUUUCCAUUAUUUAUUAGAUAUUAUUAUUGAUUGAGCCAGCAAAACGAACACUAAUAAUUUAUUAAUUUAUUUUUUAUAUUGUGUAUUAUUUACUAAGAUGUUAACGUUAAUUUUGAAUAUUGAAUUUAUAUGAAUAAAAUGCAUGUUGACAAAAUCCUA